GCAAAAGGGUCAUUAUUAAUUCAUUCUUCUAUCUCCCUAUCAAUCCAUCUAUAUAAGCUGGCGUCACUUACACAUAACACAGCACAGACUCUCACAAGUUAUUAUUAGCUUUCCCUAUUCCUCACUGCAUUAAAGAAGGGGAAAGGCAAAACUCAAAACUAGCUUGAGAUCUAGCACUUAUGGGGAGAGCUCCUUGCUGUGAUAAAGCAAAUGUGAAGAAAGGGCCAUGGUCACCUGAAGAAGACGCCAAGCUCAAGGACUUCAUCCACAAGUUUGGCACUGGUGGAAACUGGAUUGCUCUCCCUCAUAAAGCUGGGUUAAAGAGAUGUGGAAAGAGCUGCAGAUUGAGAUGGCUAAACUAUCUUAGGCCAAACAUAAAGCAUGGUGAAUUCUCUGAUGAAGAAGAUAGAAUCAUUUGCUCCAUUUAUGCUACCAUUGGAAGCAGGUGGUCAGUAAUAGCUGCUCAAUUACCAGGAAGGACAGAUAAUGAUAUCAAGAACUACUGGAACACCAAGCUCAAGAAGAAACUCAUUAAUGUUAUGCUCAGUAAUAAUAACACAAAUAAUAACCAAGCUUCUUCAAAUCAGCAGAAAUCAACUUCAUCUUCACUACUCUUUCAGUCUUCUUCUUCUUCAACUACACCUACUGCUCUUCAAGCACCCUCAGCCCCCCAAGAACUCACCUUUUACACAAAUACCCCUCAAAACAGUUCAUUUUCUGGCUUUUCAGAUCAACCCUACUCUUGUAGCAGUUUCCAAAGCCAUGACCAUCAGGGUUUCUUUAAUCUCACUCACUUUGGUAGUGAAAUUAACAGUAGUGAUAUCAAUCUUGCCACAUUUGGGGGAACUAGUGAGGCUUGUGGUUCUUCAUCUUAUAGUGGAACCAAACCAGAUAUCAAGGAAGAAGAAGCUGAUGGUGAUCACAACCAGCAAAAGCUACUCAACACUUGUUUAGAGCCCACAUAUGGGCAGUUUGGGAAUAAUAAUAAUAGUAGCUGUGGGUUUGAAGAGGGUCAGCUCAGCCAGGGCCACAAGGUCUUGCUACAGUAUGCAGGAGCUGCUAGUGCUAGUGUUGACCAUCAUCAUUAUCAGCUUCCAAACAGUGAGGGGUAUUUUGGGAAUAGUUGCAUUAGUUUUAACAAUGAUUGUCUUGAAAAUGUAAGGAAGAUAGAUUCCAGGAUAGAUGAGACGGAGAUGAUGAGGUACUAUUACCAUUACUGAGUACCUGCCAAUUUUAUCAUCCAGAAGAGAAGUAGAAUCACAAGAUUUCAUAGGGUAUGGGUGGGGAUUGCAUGGCAGCUGAAUUCCCGAUUUAUCAGAUCAGUUCUUUGGUUUAUGUGUUACUUAUGAAUAUUAAUUUAUUAUAUUAUCAUUAUUAUUAUUAGUAUUGUUAUUAUUGCUACUAUUAUUAUUAUGCUAUGUAUAUUCAGAUGAUGGGAUUUCAGUGGGAUGAAUGAUCAUUAA